UUUACAUGUGUUUCGUUUCCCAUUUGGUAUCACACAUUUCAAAUUAUCCCAAUUUUUGUCAGACACACUAUAUCUCUUCCAAUCAUCAAGACUUUGAUCAUCUAAUCCUGUAGUUUUGAUUACCACAAUUCAUCUUUUUUCGGCUAUCGGACCGACACACAGCCACCACUCCUCCGCCGCCGGUCCAUAGUCAUCACUUCGCCCACCCCACCACCAGUCCACCACCAUCAUCCCUCAACGACACCUUCAAAAACCCUUAAACGGUAUAUAUAGAUCCAUCUUUCUUUUCAGUUGUUUGUUAUUCGUUGAUGAAUUGCCAUAAGGGUUUAUCUUGUCUCCGAUUUUGACUGAUUGAGACUAUUCGGAGGGGUGAUCCGAGAAAUUAGGGUUAGUCUUCGUAUUGAAUUGAUUUGAUUGUAUUAUACUUGACUAAGAUGUUGAAUAAAUUCAUGAAACGUGGGCAACGGAAGCCUUCGAAAACCGAUACAGAUGUUUAUGAUCAGCAUACUCCUACCGGUAAUCACAGUUCCGCCUCGACUACCGCCGCCGACGGUGAUACACCUCCGCCGGCCACAUCCGGAGCUCUUGAACCCCUCCCUAUGUUUCGAGAAGUUCCGGUCUCCGAACGACAAAAACUGUUCCUCAAAAAGUGUCACGUUUGUCGCUUCCAGUUCGAUUUUACAGAUACCACGAAAAUGGCGAUCGAAAAGGAGAUCAAGAGACUGAAUCUCCUGGAGCUUGUGGACUACGUACAAACAGAUUCCGGCAAGAUCACUGAAAGCAACCAAGAGGAAAUGAUCAGAAUGAUUUCAGUAAACAUCUUCCGAUGUCUACCACCAGGACCUCACGAAAUUACAGGAUCCAUUCCUCUCGAUACCGAAGAAGACGAGCCUUAUCUCGACCCUUCAUGGCCACAUCUCCAACUUGUCUACGAGCUUCUCUUAAGAUACAUCGUCUCAACAGACACAGACACCAAAGUCGCCAAACGAUACAUCGAUCAAACAUUUGUGUUGAAAUUACUCGACAUGUUCAACACAGAAGACCCUCGUGAACGUGAAUAUCUAAAAACCAUCUUACACAGAAUCUACGGUAAGUUCAUGGUGCAUCGACCCUUUAUCAGAAGAGCAAUCAACAACAUUUUCUAUCAAUUCAUUUAUGAAACCGAAAGAAACAGUGGGAUUGCAGAGUUGUUAGAGAUUCUUGGGAGUAUAAUCAACGGAUUCGCAUUACCAAUGAAGGAAGAACAUAAAUUGUUCCUUGUUCGUGCCCUAAUUCCACUUCACAAACCUAAACAGAUUGGUUUUUAUCAUCAACAGCUCUCAUACUGCAUCACUCAAUUCAUUGAAAAAGACAACAAAUUAUCAGACACUGUUAUCAUGGGUUUGCUUAAAUAUUGGCCUGUUACUAAUUGUCAAAAAGAGGUUCUUUUUCUUGGAGAACUUGAAGAAGUAUUGGAAGCAACACAGGGUCAAGAAUUCAAACGUUGCAUGGUUCCUCUAUUCAGACGAAUUUCAAAAUGUCUUAAUAGCCCUCAUUUUCAGGUGGCAGAAAGGGCUCUGUUUAUGUGGAACAGUGAUCAUAUUGUUGGAUUAAUCGCUCAAAAUCGAACUGUGGUUUUACCGAUUAUAUUUCAGGCAUUAGAUACGAACAUUAGGGCUCAUUGGAACCCUGCAGUCAACGGGUUGACUGUUAAUGUGAGAAAAAUGUUGAUGGAAAUGGAUUUGGAGUUUUUUGAGGAGUAUCAGAGGGAAUUCGCAGAGAAACAAGCAUUGGUCAAAGUGGAAGAAAGUCAACGUGAAGAAAAAUGGCAAAAGUUACAAGAAACUGCUGAUAUGGAUCAAAUAGGGUGAGAGUUUGUUUCUACUCUUCUUGAGCCAAUUGGAUAUGUUGAAAUUUUGUUUUUUUCCGUUUUUGCCCCUGCAUCUGGUGUAAAGAUUGUAGAGAUGGGGUUGGGAUUUAGAAAUGAUUUAUGGUGUUUCUUGUAAUUUGUUGCUGUGAAUUUAUUUUUUUGGGUGAAGAGAAAUGUGUAAAAAUUUGUGUA